AUGGGCGCUAUUCGAAACAUUGUUACUGGCAUCGCUGGACGAGUCUCAUCAGAAGAACAGUUUCAAAAGAUAGGCCAGAUCAAUGCCGGUGUGUACUCUUGUGUGUGUACCAGCUCUGCAAUUAAUUCUCAGCAAGAAGAAAAACUCAUUACGUAUAAUUUUGAGAAAACGGAUGCAGUAAUUAUACUGAAGCGAGUUGGUGUGUGGUUCUGUGCGGUCAUCACAUUGUACUUUCAAUUCACUUUAGACCACUUAAAAUUAAAUGAAUUUCAAUAUUCAUUUAAUUUUGCUGUAUAUACAUGUACAAUCAGUUUAUAUCAACAUCAUAUCAGAGAGAGGAAUAUGCUAAGAGAGUUGAAUAAUUUCCUGCAAGAACGUCAAGAAGACCUCGGAAGUACGGCAGAUGCGGCACGGGAAAUCGUUCAACCCAAUCUCUUCUGGGUGGAAUUAUAUGCCGAAGAAAUUUUCAAAGCGGUGGAAGAAAAGUCCUUGUACCGUCUUCCCACAUCUGUGAAGCCCGAACAAUACUAUUUGCAUCUUACUCCUGAUUUUCAAACUGAUACAUUUGAAGGGAGCGUAUCUAUUGUUGUCUCUGUGGAAGAGGUUACGAACAACAUACUUCUCCAUGUGCAAGAUCUUACUAUUCCGAAGUCUAAUGUUGCUGUAUUCCAAUACAGUGAAUCGAGACAAGUUUUGACGAAUAAUACACUGGGCAGCGCCUCGAAAUUUGUUCAUUCUUCCAGAGAUGAAAACAUCGUGGAUGAUAUUAAAGAACUACCUGAUUUCCAGUUAAUUAGGCUUGAACUUCGUGAACAACUUGUUUCUGGCCAAAAGUAUAUAAUCCAAAUAACUUACUCCGGCCCGCUGCGAACGGAUAUGGUCGGCUUCUACAAGACGUACUACACGGAUGACAGAGGAUAUCCUAAGUUUUUUUCUAUUUCCUCACAAACUGUUCGUCGUGAAAGUAUUUUGGCAUACAUUUCUGGUAGUAAUUCUGUAAAUUCACUCCCUCUACAAAUUUAUUUCAUGUUCUCCAGGAAGUAG